AAGUUUGGAACUUCCUGACACAUGCCACGUUUUUCCAAGCGUAGUGCAGACUACCUUGCGCUUGUGGUUUGUAUUCUGAUUUGUUCCUACGACAGGUGCGUGAAUUGUUAACGCAGAUUGUAUAUUGCCAUACAAUAGUAAACCUUUGCAGAUAUUGGUAGUCCCUCUAUUAUAAUUUUUUAUAUUUAAGUAGUUUUGGAGUCAAGUGCAUAUGGCUUACCAUUAGUAAUUGCGUUCUAAUGGUGGCGUAGAAACAAGUUGACGCUAUCAUUACACAAAGUAAUAGUUGUGUAUUUAUUGCCUUAAUAUUAUCGGUUUGAAAAUAUUUCAAUCAAAUGGGAUUUUUAUAGUCUGGAGUAUUUCUUUGAGAUUGAUGUAUUUAUUAUUUUUGGACCAUUCAAAAUAUCUUGUACUGCAUUGGACUACUAUAUUAUAAUAUAGUAUUAUUUCAAUGAUAUAGAAAAUAUUUUAAGUAAUAUACUUGGUUUAUCUGUAUAUUUCAAUCAAAAAGGAAAUAUGGCAAAAAAGUUAAGCUACAGAUGAAUUGACUGUCUAUUAAGAAUUCAGCUCAAGUAAAAGGGACAAAAUGCCACAGAACGAGUACAUUGAGAGGCACCAGAAGUUGUAUGGUAGACGUUUAGACUACGAGGAACGUAAACGCAAACGAGAUGCACGAGAACCACACAAACGUGCUGAACGGGCACGUAGUCUCCGUGGACUUAAAGCAAAGAUGUUCAACAAGGAGCGUCGUAACGAAAAGAUUCAGAUGAAGAGGAAAAUCAAGGCACACGAAGAGAAGAAAGUCAAGCAAAAGACUGAAAAGGCACCAGAAGGUGCAUUGCCAGUGUAUCUACUUGAUCGUGAUGUCACAUCAAGAGCAAAAGUACUUUCAAAUAUGAUAAAGCAGAAGCGUAAAGAGAAAGCUGGCAAAUGGGAUGUACCGAUACCAAAAGUGAGAGCACAAUCAGAUUCUGAAGUUUUCAAAGUAAUGAGAACUGGAAAGUCAAAACGGAAAUCUUGGAAGAGAAUGGUUACAAAAGUCACAUAUGUUGGUGAGAAUUUCACUAGGAAACCACCAAAGUUUGAAAGAUUCAUAAGACCAAUGGCAUUACGAUUUAAGAAGGCACAUGUCACACAUCCAGAAUUGAAGGCUACAUUCUGCUUGCCUAUUAUUGGAGUUAGGAAGAAUCCAAGCUCACCCAUGUAUACUACUUUGGGAGUCAUCACCAAGGGAACAAUCAUUGAAGUGAAUAUUUCAGAAUUGGGUUUAGUGACACAAUCAGGAAAAGUUGUUUGGGGAAAAUACGCACAAGUUACUAAUAAUCCAGAAAAUGAUGGCUGCAUUAAUGCUGUCCUUUUGGUCUAAUUUGCAUUUGGAACUUCAUUGUAAUUCUACCGUCAAAUACAUUGUGUACAUGUGAGAUUGAGGGCUGUCAAAUAUUUAGUUACCUAAAUAAAGUCAUUGACCCAAGAUAAAA